GUGAUUCAAAAAACCUACACACAGAGAACGACGAUUCACAACAAACACCAUUCGUCUGUCCUAUGCUUUCUUCCCUCUUUCAAUCGCACAGCAGUUUAAUCACCAAUAGUUAAUUUCACAUAGGGAUUCUUCUACAAAUGCUGAACUUUAACAAGUCAAGAUCUCAAGCACGGCCUAACAGGUCCUAUGCUUUAGGAGGCAUGGAUCAUACAGAGCCAAACAAGAAGAAAGGUUUCGUGAGAAAGAUUAUUUUGGCUAUAGCCCUUGUAGGAUUAUGCAUUUUUAUGCUCAAACAAUCCCCAUCUUUCAAGAGCCCUAACGUCUUCUCUCGGCACGAAACAGGGGUUACCCACGUGUUGGUAACUGGAGGUGCUGGCUAUAUUGGUUCUCAUGCUUCACUACGGCUUUUAAAAGAGUCUUAUCGUGUGACUAUAGUGGACAAUCUCUCUCGUGGAAACCUAGGUGCUGUCAAAGUACUUCAAGAAUUGUUCCCAGAACCUGGGAGACUUCAAUUCAUUUAUGCAGAUUUGGGCGAUCCAAAAGCCGUGAACAAAAUCUUUUCUGAAAAUGCAUUUGAUGCAGUGAUGCAUUUUGCAGCAGUUGCAUAUGUUGGGGAAAGUACCCUUGAUCCACUAAAAUAUUAUCACAAUAUCACAUCAAAUACGUUGGUGGUAUUGGAGGCAAUGGCAGCACACAAUGUUAAUACUCUGAUAUACUCGAGCACAUGUGCUACAUAUGGGGAGCCGGAGAAGAUGCCCAUUACAGAAGAAACUCCUCAGCACCCAAUUAAUCCUUACGGGAAAGCCAAAAAGAUGUCGGAAGAUAUUAUUCAGGAUUUCCAUAAAAAUUCAGACAUGGCGGUCAUGAUUUUAAGAUACUUCAAUGUGAUUGGGUCAGAUCCAGAUGGAAGGUUAGGAGAAGCACCGAGACCUGAAUUACGUGAACAUGGAAGAAUUUCAGGUGCAUGCUUCGAUGCAGCACGUGGGAUUACCAACGGGCUCAAGGUUCGAGGAACAGAUUAUAAAACCCCAGAUGGGACUUGCAUACGUGACUACAUUGACGUGACUGAUCUAGUUGAUGCUCAUGUAAAAGCACUCGAGAACUCAAAACCUGGACAAGUCGGAAUCUACAAUGUUGGUACAGGAAAAGGCAGAUCAGUUAAAGAGUUUGUGGAAGCUUGUAAGAAGGCAACAGGGGUAUCAAUUAAAGUAGACUACUUGCCACGUCGACCUGGUGACUAUGCGGAAGUAUUCAGCGACCCAUCAAAGAUCCUCCGUGAACUGAAAUGGUCGGCACAAUACACGGAUUUAGAAAAGAGUUUGCAGGUUGCAUGGAAAUGGCAGAAAUUGCACCAUAACGGAUACGGUCCCUCAAACCCUUCUUUUUAAGACCAGAUUUCAUUUGGUGGUUGAUUUUGGCAUGAGUGAUUGAUUAGGUUGGUUUAAUAUUGUGAAAAUAGGGGUUCAGGCUUAGGCUUUAUUUUUUCACAUAUGAUUAUUUACUACAUACAUAUAUUAGGAAGAAAACUGGUUACUGAAGAGAUCUCACAAAUAAUUACCUCUGGUUUUAUGGUUUACAAAGUUAACUUAUA